AUGUGGCAGCGCGAUGCGGCGAUGACCAUGGGCACGCUGCUCCGAUCCCUGACCACUGCACCCAAUCAGGUCUUCGCUUCGGUCAUGCGGAAUCAGAGCUCGGCGAUCCGGCGACAACUGGUGAACUACGUCGAGCUCUUGCCGCGGCUUUGGGACCAAUGGGAUCCCAACACUUUGUGCCCUCCCUGGUAUGAGGACAAGCCUGGCUGGUGCGCCAAGAUGGGGGAGCCCAAGUAUUUUGUGAACGGCUCUGUUUAUAACAAGCCGUGGGGCCGCCCACAGAACGACGGCCCGGCACUGGCCGGGGUCUUCUUGGCGGAGCUGGCGAACGCCAUCCUUGAUGCCGGCGACGAGAUCCCAGGUCAUGCGGAGGAGUUGCAGACGCGGCUGUUGAGUGGAGGCGAAGGGACCGGGAAAACCGGAGCUGAGCCGAGCCGAUCAACGCGGCGGAUGCCACGGUGGGUUGCCAUCCAUGAAGAUGCGACCCAUGAAGUCUUCGAUGCGACGCCGUGCUGUCGCUGUCGCCUGACCCCGAAUACCUGGUACAACGAAGGGUCGACCGAGCCUUGGGAGGAGAUCUAUGGACAAGCGUUCUUCUUGGCAGAGGUGCAGCGUUUGGCGCUGGUGACGGGGGUGCGCUACGCACGCCGGAAGGGCCUGAACGCGAGCGCAGUGUGGCCGAAGUCGGGCUACAGCAACUGGGUCUACAGCGAGAAGAACCUGCGCAAAGUCUCCAAGUCCUUCGUCUCGCAGGAGACGACCGAUGGGACAACGACAGAGUAUGAGUACGUCCAGGCCAUGACCGGGCGGCAGCAGGGCCUCGCGGGGCCCAAGUGCAUCAACUCGGCCUCUCAGUGGCUACUGAACGAUGCGGCAGUUUGGGGGACGUUUGGGGAGCUCAUGCCUUGGAGCGGCUUUGCUGAGCUGAGGAGUCUGCUGGCACCCUGCGAGCUGGAUGUUCAGACCUUGAUCGCUGCCAACUACCUGGCCGGGGCGCCAGACGCUGCACCUGAGGAUCGAGUCCUACCGCCGCACGACUAUCGCCUGGUGAACACGGCGCGAUUGUUGGUGAAGUCCAUGGCACCAUACUAUGAGGUGAAUGCCGUGGAUCGCUCCAACGGCUUUGUGGGUUUGCUGAUUGGGCGCUACCCUGGUGAUACGUACUGUGGCUACGGCGACUGCCCCAAAAACGACUUCGGCAAUCCCUGGUUCAUCACCACCCACGCGCUAGCUGAGCAGCUGUACUUCCUGGCGUUCGCCUGGUGCAAAGACCAGUUGAACCUCCAGGAUGCCAAAGCGGUCUCGCAUCUCUGGGAGGAACUCUCACACGGCAAAGUGACCGGCUGGAACACCAUCCAGAUGGGUGAUUCGGUCAUGAAAAAUGCCAAGGAGCACGUCAUCAUGCCCGGAGUUCACAUGUCUGAAGAGAUCAAGAAAAGUGGUCCAGAUGCAGGUCAGCAGGCGGGGGUGCCGGACCUCACUUGGUCCUAUUCCUCGGCGUUGUCUGCGCUGCUGGCGCGGCACCAGGCGAUUCGCGCAUGCAGGCGGAGGGGGGGCGAGACAGUGUCGAGCGUGAAACACGGGGCCAUGGGAGUGGAGAGAGGCAGUUUUGGAGCUACAUGA